AUGUACUCUGAAGACUUGUUGUGGCUUAUCGAGAGCAGUAUGACCGACGAAGUGGCUACUAACGUUCCUUCUCGGCCCUGUACCUCAAGGGGACAGCAGCGAGAGCUCCUCACACCCUCUGCCCGCGUCUCGCCACAUACCAACGCCAUGGCGCUCAUUGUCGACAAGCACAGGCCAAAGUCUUUGGACGCCCUCACCUACCACCCAGAGCUGUCCGACAGUUCCAUUCGUCCAGGCAGACCGAUGCCGACAGACAUCUCUGCGGAUGGAGGGACCUCGAAAAGUGGCAGACUCGGCCGGGUAGACACGGGGCAUUGUGGGACGCUGAAAAAGUUCGCCGGCGGCGAUGUGGUAACUCAGACUCUGCUGUCGGGCGCUAUGUAUUGCUGGCACGGAAAUAAACGAAGGAUGGGUGCGGGUCGGGAACAAUGGCGCGCGGCUGAUGCCCGGCGUCGACCACGGAAGCGAACCCACGGAAGGCCGAGGAAGUUAGGUCAUGGCGAUGUCAUGAUGCGCGGUCGAGGCCCGAGUGAGGGACAACUGAUGAUAGAGGCCCAUGUGGAUGCGGGGAAGGGGGUGUUCGCGCCAGUGCGUCCAUAUGGACACCCGCACUUGCACCUCCAUCAACCCCCCACCACGGCAACACGUAGAGCCAGUGGAACGGAGGGGCAUUCUGUCUUGGCCAUCCAGAUGCACACGGCGGCGAGUUGUGCCAUGUUGCAGUUCUGA